AUGUUGCAGAGCUCACAAAGUAACGCUCAACCUAAGGCUGAAAAUCAGGAACAUUACUGGAAGAAACCUGGAAGGAAAGAUUCAUCCAGUUGUUCAUCUGAUGAUGGGGAGGAAAAAAUAAUGGUUGAGCGGUACUGGAAGCGUGAGCCACCAUCUCGUAAAGGAUGCGAGGCCCCAAGCGGUGAGGAAAAGAUAAUCAUUUCUCGGCUCUGGAAGAAGAAAGCAAACACCUGUGUCGAUGGAGCUCGUGAUAAGGACAACAACCACGACCUCUUCCAGUACCUCAUCAUCGACCUCAUCAUCAACGAGCUCAUCUUCGUCAAGUAA